CGGCGGCGGCAGUUAUGCAAACGAUGCCGUCGGCAGGCAGCGCCAGAGCCGGCUGAGCGGGGAGGCGACUGGGGCUGCGCCGCCGCCCGCCCUCCGCCUCCCUCUCCUCCUCCUCCUCCUCCUUCUCCCCGGCCCCCGCCUCGCCCCGGCCCGGCAUGGACGUUGGCGCUGCGCGGUGCCGCUGAGCGGGGCCGCCCGGCGCAGACGGGGGGGGUGGGAAAAGAUGUCGGACACCAAGGUGAAAGUGGCCGUCAGGGUCCGGCCCAUGAACAGGAGAGAGCUGGAGCUGAACACCAAGUGCGUGGUGGAGAUGGAGGGCAACCAGACCGUGCUGCACCCGCCGCCUUCCAACAGCAAGCAGGGCGAAAGGUAAACCCCACCGCCGGGGGGGUUGGGGAAGGCGGCGGGCAGCGCGGUGUCCGGGAGGGGAGCGGCGACGGGAGCGGGCGGUGAGGAGAUGGGCUGGGAAACAGCCUGCGAGAACGAGAGAAAAUAAUCCCGAAAUCUGGCGUGUGUAGUCGUGAUGCCCCGCUAAAGAAUACCCCUGGAAGCAAUCCAGAAAUACCAAUGCACCAGACUGUAAAAAUAGAUCGGAACAGGAAAAGAUUUCUUUCCUUUGAGGGAGCGUGGGGAGGUGCGGCGGAGCGGUGCUGGUGUGCGCUUAUCUCUUGGGUUACCUGUUGACAACCCUGCUUGGUUGAGCUGUUAAAUAUUUGUGAUGCCGUGGAGCGUGGGUUCGUUUUCAUGGCUGUAGAGGUGUGUGUUCGUCUGAACAAAUCCUUCCUGUUCGAGAUUUCAUUAAGAAUAUAUUUGAGUUUGGAAUAGCUAUGAAGAAACUAGUAUGAGUCUAUAUAUAUACAUAUAUUUUUUUUUUUGUUCGUUCAAAGGCAAUGUUUCAGUAGUUUUCCAGCAGAAAAGAUCUUGGGCAACAAAGAACUUGAAGGUCCAGAUAUGAAGGCCCCCCUCACAUGAAUCUGAAUACAGGAAUAUAGCUGUGCUCGUGCCGGUUCAACUGAAAUCCAAUUGGUGUAGUUCUUAGGAUCAUCGUUAUAGCUAAUGUGUUGGUCUUGAAAGAGCUGUGCUUGUUUCCCAGCUCUUUUCAAAGAUCUUUGUGUGAUCCCCACAAAAUGGGGAUCUUGGAUUUCUUGAGACUGUUUUGGAAGGUGUGUUUUUGUAAUUGAUUAUUGAGCUGUGUGCGUGUUGUCUGUCACAACACUGCUACAGUCAAAUCCAAUCCACUCACUUUAAAGAGCUAAUACUAUUCUU